UUUCUCCACCGGCAACAUUGCUGAUAUAUGCUGGGACCUGCGCUCAGGAGAAGAUGUCGAAUACAUCCAAAGACUCUCAACUCCCUUCGAAAGGGAGCCGCUUCUCCAGCUGCGGACAGGAAAGAUUAAGCCCCUUUACAGUCUCCCAGUGACAUCAGCCAUCUACAAGACCGUGCAGAAUCACCCGGUGAAGAUAACCAAGCGGGGCUGCGAAGGUGACGAGCAGGCCUAUGAAUUCCACGGUGGCCCCGACAAGGCGCUGCUGCAGUACUGUUCGCAGCACUACGACAGGUGGAAAACUGAAUGUCCCGGAAGUGCUUCUCGGUUUGAGAUUGGUGGCUUCGGAGAGAAUCUUGUGGCCACCGUCGCUAACGAGCGUAAUGUUUGUAUCGGGGACAUAAUCAGCAUUGGCAAUGACGUCCUGGUCCAGGUUAGCCUGCCCAGGCAGCCGUGUUUUAAGCUCAAUCACCGUUUCCAAGUUAAGGAUAUGGCACUUCGCUCGCAGACCCAUAGCCGUACGGGGUGGUACUAUCGCGUUCUGAAGGAGGGAUAUAUCCGCGCUGGAGAUGAAAUGGCUCUCGUGGGGCGUCCGAAUCCCAAAUGGUCGAUUUAUGAAGUCCAGAAAUAUCUGCAUCGGGAUAUGAAGAAUUUCCCGGCAAUGAGAGAACUCGUCAAACUACCAGAACUGGGCGAAGAGGCCCGUACUAUUUUCCAAAACCGGUUACAAAGGAAGUUCGAAAACCCCGACGACCGUCUUGUUGGUGACGAGUCUGUCUCUAUGAGCAGCGAUGUAUGGUCGAAUUUCCGUCUCGUCGAGAAGCGCGCUGAAACUCCCCUGAUUACGUCCUUGUUCUUUGAGGCAUUAGAGCCCUCCAACCCGGAGUAUGCUGUUGCUCCUGGCUCUCAUGUGCGGCUGCAACUAGGCCAAUUGGUACGUUCGUAUUCUAUUGUCAGUGGCACGAAAAGUCGCUUCCAGCUCGGCGUGGCCUUGCAGCCAAACUCUCGCGGUGGAUCGCGCUAUCUUCACGAAACAAUCCAAGUCGGCCAAGUCAUACCGAUGAGCCGGAUUGACAACAGUUUCCCUCUCGUACCGGAUGCAGAUGAGCAUAUCAUGGUCGCAGGGGGAAUAGGCAUCACUGCCUUUCUAGCUGCGGCGGAGCAGCUGCAACAGUCCGACCAGAAAUUUGAACUAUAUAUUGCAACUUCGUCAAGAAAUAACGUGCCGUUUAAAAACAUACUGCAAAGACUCAGCCCCAACAGAGUCAUUAUUUACGACAAAUCCAAAGGCCAGCGACUGGAUAUAAAACAGAUCAUCUCGAAAAUGAAUACCGGCACCCAUAUCUACUGCUGUGGGCCGUCCCGUCUUAUGGAUGCCGUAUCCAAAACAGCAGACGAGUGCGGCGUGCCCAAAAGCCAGGUCCAUUUCAAAACAUUCAGCGCCACUACCGGGGAUCCCUUCACCGCAGAAUUGGCCGUGAGCAAGGAAACGCUCGAAGUGCCCUCGUCAAAGUCUCUUUUGGAGGUAUUGAGAGAAGCGGGCAUUGAUGUGCCCUCCUCGUGCGAGGUGGGAAACUGUGGCACUUGUCGUGUUGAUGUAAUCGAGGGCAAAGUUGAUCAUAAAGGUAGUGGACUGCUUGACUCGGACAAGGACUGUGCGAUGCUCAGCUGCGUUUCAAGAGGUGUUGGGAAGAUUGUGUUGGGGCUGUAGUGGGUAUUUUCUUAUAUCUUCCAUGUUCUGUUUUACAAGAUGUAUGCAGGAUUAACAGCCUAACUUGUCCUUGAUAUUUCUGUCUCGUGUCACAUACGGAAAUAUCUAGUAACCCUCUAUUAAGAUUGAUCCACUGGUCUUGUG